GGAUAUAAACUUGAAGACCGGCUCGCGUGAUGAUCAUUUGAGGUCAAGUCUACACAGCAUCACCAGAAACAUCUCGAAGACCGACGUUUCAAAAGCAGAGAGAAUCUGAAAAGAACACGCUAUAGCCAGCGAGAGAGAGAAACGCACCAGUAAAUCCAACAUGAACGGGCAGAUGAACGGUUUCCACAACUCCCUGAUUGAUGAAGACUGCUUUUUGUUCACGUCGGAGUCUGUCGGUGAAGGACACCCUGAUAAGAUUUGUGACCAGAUCAGUGACGCUGUGUUGGACGCCCACCUCAAACAGGAUCCUGAUGCCAAAGUAGCAUGUGAGACUGUUGCCAAGACUGGAAUGAUCUUACUGGCCGGUGAGAUCACCUCUCGUGCUGUCGUGGAUUAUCAGAAGGUUGUCAGGGACACCAUCAAGCACAUUGGAUACGAUGACUCUUCCAAAGGGUUUGACUUCAAGACAUGCAAUGUGCUUGUGGCUCUUGAGCAGCAGUCACCUGAUAUUGCUCAGGGGGUUCACCUUGACCGCAGUGAAGAGGAUGUUGGAGCUGGAGACCAAGGCUUGAUGUUCGGUUAUGCCACUGAUGAGACUGAGGAGUGUAUGCCUCUCACUAUUGUCCUGGCCCACAAGCUGAACGCUAAAAUGGCUGAACUACGCCGCGACGGCACCCUGUCCUGGCUGCGACCUGAUUCCAAGACCCAGGUGACGGUCCAGUACAGGCAGGACCGUGGGGCCAUGAUUCCGGUGCGUGUGCACACCAUUGUGGUGUCUGUUCAGCAUGAUGAAGGAGUGUGUCUGGAUGAGAUGCGUGAUGCUCUGAAGGAGAAGGUGGUGAAAGCUGUGGUGCCCAGCGUCUACCUGGAUGAUGACACCAUCUAUCACCUGCAGCCCAGCGGACGCUUUGUCAUCGGAGGCCCACAGGGAGAUGCUGGUUUGACUGGCCGCAAGAUUAUCGUGGACACAUACGGAGGCUGGGGCGCUCAUGGAGGCGGCGCUUUCUCUGGGAAGGAUUACACUAAAGUUGACCGUUCAGCUGCCUAUGCGGCCCGCUGGGUGGCCAAGUCUCUGGUGAAGGCUGAUCUGUGCAAGCGUGUCCUGGUCCAGGUGUCCUAUGCCAUUGGAGUGGCCCACCCCUUGUCCAUAUCCAUCUUCCACUAUGGAACCUCCCAGAGGAGCGAGAAGGAGCUGCUGGAGAUCGUGAAGAAGAACUUUGACCUCCGCCCGGGCGUCAUUGUCAGAGAGCUGGACCUGAAGAGGCCCAUCUACCAGCACACCGCCGCCUAUGGCCACUUUGGCCGCGAGUCCUUCCCCUGGGAAGUUCCCAAAAAGCUUAAAUACUAAAUCUGUAACCCCCCCUCCUUUCAUUGGGCGGUAGGUGUACAUUACAGAGAAACCUACUCAACCCAUCGGAGGGGGGAGAUGUACCAAAACCCCUCACUCCUAACCUCACACCCGUUCCCAAAG